ACUGAGCCAAUGACAUGUCUUCCGUACUAUGGGAACUGGUCCUCUUCAUCGGCAUCCUGGCAGCGGGCUCUCUGGGAACUUCACCGCAGUCACGCGCACAGCGGUGGCAGGGCCUCUCGGCUGGUCCCCUCACAUCACGGAUAUCCCCGCGGGUCCUUCCUCAGGUCUACGACCCCUCCGACGACAUUGGAUCUAUUGAGCAGACUUCUUUAGAAGUGCAAAGUACGGAGGUCCUGCAGGAUGAUUACAGCUUAGAGCUGCAGCGGGGCGCGAGAGCGGGCGCCGACCUGACGCACGCGGGAAGGAGACGUGAGAGUGAAGGCGAUGGCGCUGACUCCAAGUUUCUUCGCUACCAGCCAUCUCAUCGCCAUGCGCCACAGAGAAGCCCGCAACUCUCACAGCAAGAAGCUCCUCCAUCUGGGUUCUGGCAGCCUGCUCGAACCUCCAGUGGUUCCCCUGCGUCCAUCAGAACCAGCGCAGUACAAACAACAACAGAAAAGCAUCAUUUGCUUUUCUACACAGCUACAAGAUCCAACUGCAGAAACCGACCAAUAGACCUGGUCUUCAUCAUAGACAGCUCCCGCAGCGUGCGCCCUGCUGAGUUCGAAAAGGCCAAAGAGUUCCUGCAGGACAUGGUGGACAGCUUGGCCAUCGCCUCUGAUUCUACUCGUGUUGGCCUUGUUAAUUAUGCCAGCACAGUUCAGAUUGAGUUUCUGCUCAACACCUAUUCUGACAAGUCCUCCCUGAAACAGGCGCUGGCCCGUGUCGAGCCCUUGGCUUCAGGUACCAUGACAGGCAUGGCCAUCAGGACGGCCAUGGAGAAAGCUUUUACCAAGGAGGCCGGGGCCCGAACCGGGUCCAUGAACAUCGCUAAGGUGGCCAUUAUCGUGACGGAUGGGAGGCCUCAGGACAAGGUGGAAGAAGUGUCAGCAGCUGCACGAGCAUCUGGGAUCGAGAUCUACGCAGUGGGAGUAGACAGAGCUGAUAUGGCGUCCCUACGACUCAUGGCCAGCCACCCACAUGAUGACCAUGUCUUCUAUGUGGAGACCUAUGGUGUCAUAGAGAAGCUCACGUCCAAAUUUAGGGAAACCUUGUGUGGUAAGGAUGAUGAUAAUGGGAGUGGAGAUAUUCCAGUAGAUACCAAAAUUGAUGAUAACGGACUAGACCUAAAUGACAGGAAAGACGAUAAUGGGAUAAAUAUUGAUCGUGACGAUAAAGGAAACAACGGUCUGGAUGCAUGUGCUCAGGGACACAAUUGCCAGCACAUUUGUGUCAAUAGCGACAACUCAUACAACUGCAAGUGUCGGCCGGGCUACCUCUUGAACCUGGACAAGAAAACAUGCUCACGUUCAGAUGCUUGUGCCCAGGGGCACGACUGUCAGCACAUUUGUAUUAACAGUGGUGACUCGUACAUCUGCAAAUGUCGAAAGGGAUACGUGUUGAAUGCAGAUCAGAAAACAUGUUCACGUUCUGAUCCGUGUGCUCAGGGACAUGACUGCCAACAAAUUUGUGUAAACAAUGGUGAUUCAUAUAUCUGCAAGUGCCAAGCGGGAUAUAUGUUAAAUGCAGACCAGAAAACAUGCUCAAGUUCUGAACCAUGUGGUUAUGGACAUAAUUGCCAACAAAUUUGUGUAAAGAGUGAUGACUCAUACACCUGCAAAUGUCAAGAGGGAUAUGUGUUGAAUCCAGACAAGAAAACAUGCUCACGUUCAGAUACUUGUGCACAAGGACAUGACUGCCAACAUAUUUGUGUCAGCACUGAUGAUUCGUACAUAUGCAAAUGUCAAACAGGAUAUGUGUUGAAUGCAGACCAGAAAACGUGCUCACGAUUGGAUAUAUGUGCCCAGGGGCAUGACUGUCAGCACAUUUGUUUCAAAAGUAAUGACUCGUAUGUCUGCAAGUGUCGAGUGGGAUAUGUGUUGAAUGCAGACAAGAAAACAUGCUCACGCUCAGAUCCAUGUGUUCAGGGACAUGACUGCCAGCACAUAUGUGUCAACAACGGUGCCUCAUACAUCUGCAAGUGCCAAGUGGGAUAUGUGCUGAACGUGGACAAGAAAACAUGCUCACAGGAAUUAAGGAGUGAAAUAACUCAAGAUCCCUGCAUGUGUGAAGCUCAGAUUGUAUUCCAGAAAAAAGUCCAGUCAGCCAUCCAAGGGCUGAGCAGGAAACUUGAUGAAAUUUCAGACAGAGUGAAGAUGAUUGAAGAUGAAUUCCAACAUUAAGAACAAUGAUGCCAUCAGGACACAGAUUUCAGGACUUUUAGUACAUCUCGUGUUCUCAACCAGAGAAAGCCACAGUCUGUAAUUCUCAAACCCUCUUAAUGUUUAAAAGAAAAUGUACAUGGUGAUAAUAUUGUAUGCAACAUGUUGGUGGUAGCUGUGUUGUUUUUAGAAUAAAGCCGCAUUCAGAAUAUAGUCCAUUGUCACUUCUCUGCAAAUAAAUUAUAACAAGUGUAAAUAUUUACAUCUGCCUUUAUAAUUAAAGAAAACUAUCAAAACUAUUUCCUUAAAGUAUUAGUAAAAGUAAAUGAUAGCAAAAUUAAGCAGCAAAUAUAUUAAAAUUGUUUAUUUUAAUUUAAUGAUGAAUGUUAUGAUAAAUGUUCUUCUUUCUUUUGUGGGUGAUUCACUGAUUUUGGUGCAUUUCUUGAACUUGAACUAUGCAGAUUCAACAGAAAAUCUCCAUCCAAAGCAGGAACACAGCAGCUACAGUAAGCUCUUAUGCAACAGGAGUUGUUUUUGUAAGAUUACAAAAUCAUAGAAAAGAACAAACUAAACCCUAAUGCAACAGUCUUCUUACAUCAUGCCAAAUUACUCUAAUCUUUGUCUUUGAUACUUAAAAUAAAUUAAAAAAAAAUCAGUACACAACCCUGAUAGGUACUUACUGAUUUGUUUGCCACAAACAGGUACAGAUUUUUAGCAGGGAGGGAAAAGAGUUCAGGGAGUUCAGGUGUGACUGAAAUACACCACUGUGCAGUUUUUCCAGCAGCAGUCCUGACCAUUAUUUACUGUUUUUACUACAAUGUAUUGGGACCUCAGUUUAAUUAUUCACACAACCGGUCUACACACAUGUACUGUAUCUUGUUCUCUGUUGUAUAUGCAUGACAUAUUUAGGUGCUUUGAUAUUAGUUUCUGAAUGGACUAUAUCUGCACACUGAAAAUAAAUAUAUUAAACCAUGGGUUA